AUUUCCGACAUAGUGAAAUCAUCUAUCCCACCUGCCCCUCCUGUCCCUCUUUCCCUGGAAUCCCGUGACUGCAUCACCUCCUCUUCUCUUCUCUUCUCUUCCUUCCUUCAUCCGGUUUUUUUCUCUUCUCUUCUCUUCUCCUCUUUUCCCUCCUUCUCUUUUCAUCCAUCCUCUCUCCGUUCAUCUCGCAUACAAAUACUCCCAUCAUCUCCAUCCUAGCUUCUCAUAGCUUCCCUGACUACCUCUGCUACUUCUCUCGCCUCUACUGUCCUUUCAUAAUACAAGAAACCAUGGGAAAGAAGGCCAUUCAGUUUGGCGGUGGUAACAUCGGCCGUGGCUUCGUAGCCGCCUUCCUCCAUGAUGCUGGUUACGAGGUUGUCAUCAUCGAUGUCAUGGAUAAUGUCAUCAACUCUCUUCAAAAUUCUUCCUCCUACCAAGUUACGGAGGUUAGCGAGCAGGGUGAGGACACCAAGACCGUCUCCAACUACCGUGCUAUCAACUCCAAGACCCACGAGAGUGAUGUCGUCAAGGAGGUCGCGACUGCAGACGUCGUCACCUGUGCCGUUGGCCCUAACGUGCUCAAAUUCAUCGCCCCCGUCAUCGCCAAGGGUAUUGACGCUCGUACUGAGUCCAAGCCCGUGGCCGUGAUUGCUUGUGAGAACGCUAUUGGUGCCACUGAUACUCUGCACGGCUACAUCAAGGAGCACACCGACGACUCUCGCGUCAAGUCUCUCGGCGAGCGUGCUCAGUUUGCCAACUCAGCCAUUGAUCGCAUCGUCCCCAACCAGCCGGCCGACAGUGGUCUCAACGUCCGUAUCGAGAAGUUCUACGAAUGGGUCGUCGAAAAGGGGCCCUUUGGCUCCGUUGGCCAUCCCGAUAUCUCCGCCAUUCACUGGGUCGACAACCUUGAGCCCUACAUUGAACGCAAGCUCUACACCGUCAACACGGGUCACGCAACCACUGCCUACUACGGCUACCAGAGCGGUAAGAAGAUGAUUGCUGAUUCCCUGGCCGACGAGAAGAUCCGUGGCAUCGUUCACAACGUCCUCGCGGAAACGGCUGCUCUCAUCGUCGACAAGCACGGCAUUCCCGAACAGGAGCAGAAGAAGUAUGUCGACACCAUCGUUGGUCGUAUUUCCAACCCGUACCUUGAGGACCAAGUCGAGCGUGUGGGUCGUGCUCCUGUUCGCAAACUGUCUCGCAAGGAGCGUUUCAUCGGACCUGCUGCCCAGCUGGCGGAACGUGGCAAGAAGUUCGAUGCCUUGUUGGGCUCCAUCGAAAUGGCCCUUCGUUUCCAGAACGUUGAGGGUGAUGUUGAGAGUGUCCAGUUGGCAAAGACUCUUAAAGAUAACUCUGCUGUGGAUGCCACUAGCAAGCUUACUGGACUUGACAAGGAUCAUCCUCUGUAUGCGCCUGUCCUCAAGCUGGUGGAGAAGGUGCAGCAAGAUUCCAAGUAGGGCUUACCACCAACAUCAUACCCCUUACGAUAAUUUUUGUUUUUCUUUUUCUCAUCAACCCUUCCUUACAUGAGAAGGGCUUCGACUCGACCACUAACUUGACCGCAACGACCACGUUUUACGCAUCUACCGAUCCGCAGGACGGGACGGAGGUCAAUCGCAUGGUAUGGCGCGAUGGAUUUUUUACGAUUGUAUUAUUGGUGCAGCGCACCAGUUUACCGAUAAUUUACGUCUUAAUGAAUUAUAUCUUCCAGUGAUUCUGUAGGCCAAAGUUCAU